AGAUCCCCUACCUCACCAUGACCGGCUCGCCCUACUUCGGUCUCCGCUUCUCUGGUGCCAACGGUCUUGUCCUCGGCAAGAUCACCAUGAACCUCAGCGGUGGUCUGGGUAUCCGCUUCGAUCGCGACCGAGCCGCUCAAUCGAACGUCAAGAUGGAUGACAUUCGCGUCACCGGUGCCGGCAGCCACGCGGUUGAGACUUGGAACAUUGACGGCUUGACCAUCAACCAGGUCAUUGCCCGCAAUGUUGGCGAGUCCGGGCUGCUGCUCCAAAACUCAAUCAACGUGAAGGUCGGCCUUGUCGAUGGUGACAACGUUGGCGCUGGAUCAGGAUACGGUACCCUCCGCUUCGCCAACCGUAACGGCCGCAACGCAAACGGCAACUACAACACCAACGUAUACAUCGACAAAGUCAAGUCGCGCGGAGGUGGCCGCGGGAUCUUUUGCGUGAGCGAGUCUGGAGGUGCGGUCAUUACCACCGUCGAUCUCGCCGACAACGGCAACAAUGCCGUGUUGAUAGAGAAUUGCUAUAACCUGUCCAUCCGUGGCGGAACUGUCAAUGGUGGCGGUGAGGUGCGAAUCUCUGCUCGCUCAGAGUUUGCUAACACCCGCGAUAUCUGGAUCACGCUCAAGGUCGAUGGUACGACUGUUCGCGAGUCUCCUUGUGCUGACAACAGCAACUGGACCUUGACUGGUAACGGUGCUAGGAACAUCUGCUAGACGCUUUCAGUGGAGCGACUGAGCUGCCUAGUUGGGACUUU